AUGGACGCUAGCGGCGCGUGUCGCGCGUGUCGCACGGUGCUGCAGCGCGAUGCCGUGGAGUGGAUGGAACAGCUGGGGCCGGAAGGAUUUCCGGAGAGGGCCUGUGUGGUGACUUCACUGCCAGACUGGUCUGAAUUGAAAAAAGGACAGAAAGUGUCUUUAAAGCAUUACCUGGAUUGGUUCCAGAAGGCAGUUCAAUUCAUCUUCCACUGCUGUCAGCAAGGCACUUUGGUCAUUUUUUUGCAGACUGACAUCAUGACUGGUGGCCAGUGGAUUGACAAAGCUGCCCUGAUUUGCAAAGAGGCCGAUGCAGCAGGCCAGAUCCUCUUGUGGCACAAGAUCACCUUUGAUCCCGACGCGGUGGAAAUGCCGCGCCGCGGUGCUAGUGCCGACUAUUCGCACCUCUUGUGCUUCAUCAAGCCGCGGCGCCACGGCCACGGGCGCCAGUGCGAUGGGCGCUCGGCCGGCUCGGCCUUUGACGCCAGGUGCAGCGUGCCGGAUUUGCUUCCGCGAGGUCGCAAAGUCUACGCCCAAGGUAUGGGAACUGAGGCCCUUUCUCGGAUACUUCGCUGGGUCGUGGCGCAAACAGAUGUCCAGGUGGUGAUUGAUCCCUUUUGCGGUCGCGGCACGGUACUGGCACUCGCGAACGAACUGGGCGUUGCAGCGCUGGGGGUUGACGUGGAUGCAGCAUGUGUCAAGGCGGCCGAAAGGCUUGACAUACUCAAACUGAGGGCAGCAGAUAGCAUGCACCCGGUGGCCUACUAUUUGCAACGGGCUGCGGAUGGGCGGGGAAAGAAAUCCAAGUCCGAGAUGUGUCAGAUGAAAGACACAACUUCGACAGAACUUCAGAUCAAAAAAACAGGAUUCAUCAAGCUAUGGUGCCUGGCUGACAGAUCUGGUGUCAACGUUUUGGCCAGUUUGGUCAAGGGGCGAGAGAAGAGCUUCGAUGAGGAGAAUGGAUUCUGUGUUGCCAUGUUGGGUGGGGAAAUGAUGAACCACCGUGAAGACGACAUAGGUGACGCCUUUCAUCGGCUGAGGAGCUCGGUCCAUUUCAAAGAGACCUUGGUGAAACUCGGCACUGAGAUGGUCGAACCCUUGAGCGGGCACUUCGAAGAUUUGCGGCAAAAUAGCUCGGUACUUGCUGAUCUCUGGCGAAGCAAGGCAAGUCGGCGAGAUCAAGCUGGUGAGAUUGAGGUCACAGAUGCAUCACAACCGAGUACCGCGGAAGAGGCAAUGAACUCAGACACCGUGCAGGACUGUCCUCCUAAAAGUCAAAGUCCCAGGUCGCCUGACGUCACCCAAGAGUAUGUGGUGCCAAGCCAGGAAAGUAUUGAGGAAAUGGAUGUGGACGAACAAGAGGUCCCGCCCAAACGCCAAAAAACUGCCGAGUCAGGUUCAUCUUCCUCCUUUGGGACGUCAAUCCUGGAGAGUACCAGAACCAAAGAAGUUCUGGAUGUCGAUGGCUUGCUCGAAGGUGCUCCAAGUGGUUUGCCGCAGACAGCUGUCUCCCAGCUGAAAGAUCUCUUCAAAGCUGUCGGAACAUGCCUGGCAACAGUGGGAGCCAAGAAGGGUGCGCUUCAGCGCACCUGUGUGAAGACGGCGAAGCAAGGCAAAUUGGUGUGUGCCUCGCACGCCAAGUCCAGCAACUCUUCAGCCAGUUGCUUCCAGGUGGAAACGCCUUGGGCAACUUUACGGCCUCAACUUCAGAAGCAUCUCUUCACCGUGACCUUUCGGCAGCACGCGGAAGCGCAACGUCACCCGGACGCCAAGGAGGGAGGAGUCCCUGAAAGUCGCAGCUUCCUGGUGGAGAAGCACGGCGCAGAAGGUGCCUUCAACCGAGCCAAAAAGUACCUCUUUGGUGCGUCCUAUGCUUCCUUGGACCAGCUGAGUUUCAGCCAAAAAUGA